AUGUAUUUUGACGAGCGUCCAUCUUGUUUUCGUAAUUUUGCUCAUGAAAUACUCUAUGUGACUGUUAUUUCUUGUGCUCAAUUACUUACUCAAGCGGCAUUAGGAAAUGUACUCGUUCCACUUCACAUCAUUGGUCAUUCUAUUGGUAUUGAAGAUUUUGCCAAGUUACCAUGGACAUUAGCUGCCUAUUCUUUAACUGUUGGUAUUUUCAUAUUAGUGACAGGACGAUUGGGUGAUAUUUUUGGACAUAGAUUACUUCUAAUUAUUGGAUUUAUGAUAUUCUCUAUUUUUAGUUUUUUAGUUGGAAUGUCUGUAUAUGUAAAGAAUGAUAUCUAUUUUGAUGUGAUGAGAGCAUGUCAAGGAAUAGGUCCAGCUACACUUUUACCUAAUGCAAUUGCAUUACUUGCUAGAACAUAUCCGACUGGAAUGAGAAAAUCAUUUGUUUUUUCAAUGUUUGGAGCAACAGCACCUAUUGGCUUUAUUCUAGGUGCUUUGUUUGGAACUUAUUUUAUUAUUCCACAAGAAUUAUCAUCAGCUGUUCAUCCAACAGGAAAAACUGAUAUACUUGGUACAAUUAUUGGACUAUUCGGUCUUGUUCUUUUUAUAUAUUGUUGGAAUGAAGGACCAGUUAUUGGAUGGAAUAAAACAUAUGUUUAUGUUUUAUUAAUUGUCAGUAUUUUAAUAAUAGGUUUAUUUAUUAUUGUUGAAACGAAAGUAAAAGAACCAAUUAUGCCAUUAUCCAUUUGGUCAGUAAAGGGUUUUCCAGGUGUUCUUGUAUCUAUGGCUUUAGGCUGGUCAAGUUUCGGUAUAUUUGUUUAUUAUAUUGUUCAAUUUUUGCAAGUAAUUCGUGGUGCAUCACCAUUGUUAACAACAGCUAUGAUGUCACCUGUUACUAUUUCUGGUCUUGUAGCAACAAUUUCAGUUUCUCGUCUUUUUGGUCGUUUACCUGCUCAUUUUCUUCUCAUGGGAUCUAUGAUUUUCUUUUGUCUUAGUAAUACUCUCAUUGCAACAGCAUCUUCUGAUCAAACAUAUUGGGCACAAGUAUUUAUAUCUACAUUGAUAGCUCCAUUUGCAAUGGAUGUUAGUUUUCCUUCUGCAUCACUUAUUGUUAGUAACACAAUGCCAAUAAAUCAACAAGGUGUAGCAGCGAGUAUGCUCAAUACAGUUAUUAAUUGGUCAAUAUCUCUUGGUUUGGGUAUUGCAGGAACAGUUGAAAGUCAAUUAUUAAAACGAGGAAGAACUGUACUAGAAGGUUAUCGAGGUGGAUUAUAUGUUGGAAUUGGACUCAGUGGUGUAGGUGUUAUUGUAGCACUUUUAUUCUGUCGUGUAUCACUACCGUCUACGUCCACUAAACAAAAAGAACAGUCAGACUUUGCCGUCGCAUCAGCAGCAUCGGAUACGAUUAUCAAUACAAAUAUGAUGCAAAAUUUAAAAUUUAAAGAUACUUUUGAAAAAUUUAAAAAUUCAACAGAACACUAUGGAAAAUUAUUAUUAAAAGAAAAAGUUUCAUAUAAUGAUAUACAACAAGCUAUUGAAAAUCUUAUAAAUAAUAAUUCGUUAGAUGAAUAUCGAAAAAGACUUCUAAUAAAAAUGCGAUUAGAUGAAAAUACUAUCAAUGAAUUUGCAUCAUCAUUAAAUUUAUCAAUAUCUGAUCUAACUGAUUGGAAUUAG